AUGCAAGCUCCUCGUCUCUUUGAUCUUCGUUCCAAAGCAGAAGACUCUGACCAUCACGGUCACCGAACCCAUACUUCUCUUCACGAUGCAAGCACACUGCCCGCCUUUCGACGACUGAGCUUGGAUGAUACUACGAGCGAACCCCGCCGUUUCCUCAUUCCUGUGGACGCGACCCUCAAAAGUCUCCUGUCGAGAGAAGAUACCGACCAGAAUGUUCAGAUCACUAUCGAUGAUGCGGGCCCCAAGGUUCUCUCGUUGGGAACGGAAUCAUCCCAUGGUUUCAAGCAUUUUGAUAUCCGUGGGAACUACAUGUUGUCGAAUUUGCUUCAGGAGUUGACCCUAGCAAAGGAUUCCGGCAGGAAACACAUCAUCUUAGAUGAGGCCCGACUGAACGAGAACCCCGUUCAACGCCUCUCGCGGCUGAUUCGAUACUCGUUCUGGCCAAAUCUCACUCGGCGUAUUGACGCUUCGUCAAUUGAGAAGGCGGGGCGGGACCCUAAGGACUGGACUGAUGACCCGAGGCCGCGAAUAUACAUCCCGGAGAGUUGCCCGGACCAGAUCCAAUACUACGAGCAACUCGCUAGAGAUCGGCCCCUGAUUCGCCUUGACGUCCAAAUCCUCACUCCUCAUGAACUCACACCUGAAGGGAUUAGAGACCUCAACAACAAACCAGGACUGCUGGCUCUUGCCAUGGAGGAGUGGACAUCUUCUCGGACUGCAGCCAAGGAGCUGCGGGGCCUUCCCUUUGUCGUGCCAGGUGGACGCUUCAACGAAAUGUAUGGUUGGGAUUCCUACAUGGAAUCACUUGGACUUAUUGUCAAUGAGCGAACUGAUCUUGCCAAGUCCAUGGUCCAGAACUUCUGCUUUUGCAUCAAACACUAUGGCAAGAUCUUUAAUGCUAAUCGUACAUACUACCUGGGACGCACCCAGCCUCCAUUUCUUACAGACAUGGCGCUUAGGGUAUAUGACAAGAUUCGCCAUGAACCCGACGCCUUGGACUUUCUCCGUGAAGCUAUGUUAGCUGCCAUCAAGGAGUACUACACCGUCUGGAUGGCAUCCCCAAGAUUUGAUCCUCUCACCGGUCUGUCCCGAUAUCGACCAGUAGGCAUUGGCGUUCCACCAGAGACGGAAGCUAGCCACUUCACCCACAUCCUUGAGCCAUACGCAAAGAGAUACAACAUGGAAUACUUCGAAUUUGUUCAAGCGUACAACAGGGACGACGGGACCGUUACCGAGCCUGAUCUGGAUGAAUACUUCUUACAUGACAGAGCGGUUAGAGAGUCGGGCCAUGAUACCUCCUAUCGUCUGGAAAAUGUGGCAGCAAACCUUGCGACCGUCGAUUUGAAUUCGCUGCUGUACAAGUACGAGACCGAUAUCGCUCGGUGUAUCCAAUUUUUCUUUGAGGACCAUCUUGAGAUUCCAGCCGACAUGUGCGUGGUCGCCCACGGUAUGAAACCCAACCAGAAGGAGACGUCAGCAGCUUGGAACCGGAGAGCCAAGAGUCGAAGAAGGGCAAUUGACCGUUACCUUUGGAAUGAAAGCAAAGGAAUGUACUUCGAUUAUGACACUGUCAAGCAGGAGCAAACCGAUUACGAGACUGCAACUACUUUCUGGGCAAUGUGGGCAGGCCUAGCGACUCCUCAACAGGCUGCUGCUUUGGUGAUAAAAGCACUCCCGAAGUUCGAGGCAUUUGGAGGUUUGGUAUCCGGCACGGCGGAAUCUCGAGGGGCUAUUGGCAUUGACCACAUAUCGAAAGAGUCCUCUGCUCCUGAGACAUGCCCAAGCCGCCAGUGGGACUACCCCUAUGGGUGGGCACCUCAAGAUGAGGCCGAGCGACUUGCGUACAAAUGGCUCUAUAUGGUCACCAAAGCCUUUGUCGAUUUCAACGGGAUAGUGGUAGAGAAGUACGAUGUCACUCGACCAAUCGAUCCUCACAAAGUCGAUGCAGAGUACGGAAAUCAAGGCAGCGAUUUCAAAGGCGUGGCUAAAGAGGGUUUUGGGUGGGUCAAUGCCAGCUACGUGUAUGGGUUGAGCAUUGUCAACACCCACAUGAAGCGCGCUUUGGGAACUUGCACCCCGUGGGAGACGUUCCGCAAGGCUACUGAAGCCAGCGAGGGAGCAUAG